AGUGAACCAUUCCCAGCUCUUCCCCCCGCUCGCUCUCUCUCUCUCAGCCUCUCUCUCUGUCUCUUCCUCGGUCCCUCUCUUUCUCUCCUCCCUCUGCCUUCCCGUGCACAAAGUCUCCGCCGCUCCCGGAACUUGUUGGCAAUGCCUAUUUUUCAGCUUUCCCCCGCGUUCUCUAAACUAACUAUUUAAAGGUCUGCGGUCGCAAAUGGUUUGAGUAAACAUAGGAUGGGACUUAAGUUGAACGGCAGAUACAUUUCACUGAUCCUCGCGGUGCAAAUAGCGUACCUGGUGCAGGCCGUGAGAGCAGCAGGCAAGUGCGAUGCGGUCUUUAAGGGCUUUUCAGACUGUUUGCUCAAGCUGGGCGACAGCAUGGCCAACUACCCGCAGGGCCUGGAUGACAAGACGAACAUCAAGACCGUGUGCACAUACUGGGAGGAUUUCCACAGCUGCACGGUCACAGCCCUUACGGAUUGCCAGGAAGGGGCGAAAGAUAUGUGGGAUAAACUGAGAAAAGAAUCCAAAAACCUCAACAUCCAAGGCAGCUUAUUCGAACUCUGCGGCAGCGGCAAUGGGGCGGCGGGGCCGCUGCUCCCCGCGGUGCCCCUGCUCCUGGCGUCUCUCUCGGCAGCUUUAGCGACCUGGCUCCCCUUCUGAGCGCGGCCCGCUCCCCCCCGCGCGUGCGCGCGCGCGCCCACAUUCACUCCAUGCUCCCGAAAACCGAGAGGAAGAUCCAUUCGUUCUUUGGGGACGUUGUGAUUCUCUGUGAUGCUGAAAACACUCAUAUAGGAUUGUGGGAAAUCCUGGUUCUCCUUUUUUUUUUUUUUUUUUCCUUUCCCCCAAAAUAUUUUUGUUUGAUUUUUUAUUUUUUGGUGUGUUUUAUUUGCCAAAUGUUACCCAUCAGUGAUGGAGCAAGCAGAGCCAAAAUCGGACCUCAGCUCUAGUCCGUCUUCACGCAAAAAUAAGAAAACGGCAAACUUCACCCCCAUUCUUUUUUUAAUUUUGAUUUUUUUUUAUUUUGGCAAACGAAUCUCAGGAAUGGCCCUGGGCCACCUACUAUAUCAAUCAUGUUGAUAACAUGAAAAAAAAAAAAAAAAACCGAGGGGCUCCUCCUACUAGGAAAGCGAGGGAAGGCCAAGGCCAGGGGGGAACCAGCAGAGGCAUCUGCGGGAAGCAGCCGGCGACAGCGCACACCCGCGUCUUUCUUCCACGGUACCUUCUUUUGAUCAUUUCCACUGCUCAUUUCUCCUGGAGAAAAGCGAAAGGACACAUUGCUGGCUUUGCGAGCUAAGGAAAGGAGGGAGAAGGCGGAGAGAUGGAGGCCAAAGGUAGCCGAAGGAAUGCUUCGAGGUCACUAGGGGUUAGCUUUACCUGCUCUGGUCCACGCAUCGUUCACGUCCACUGCCUUUGUUUCCCCUCCUCUCUCUUGUGUUAGAUGUUACACAUACAGUAAUACCCGAGUAUCCGACGGUAUAGCUCACCAGGGGGGGAUGUUCAAUGUUAGUCUCAAAUAUAGUUCAAAAAGAUUUUGACAUAAGAGCCUUGAUUUUAAAACAAAAGAGAGAGAUGUAAUUUAAAAAGUUUAUUAUAAAUUAAAUUCAGCAAAAAAAGAUUUGCUACAAAGUAUAGAGAAGUAUAAAAUAAAAGUUAUUGUUUGAAA